AUGUCCCAUAACCAAUGCCAGUCACUGCGGAGCUUCAAUGCCCCUACCCUCUCUGCCAUCACACAUGCCUCUAAUCCUGUAAGUUUUGACGAUGGACUGUGUUUGCCCAGCAGCUGCUACAGCAGAACGUGGCUCUUGGACAACUUUCAAGAAACCUGCAGUAAAUCCUCCAGCAGCCAACUGACCAGUUGUGAGCAGAACCUGUUCCCAGGUAACUCCCGUGUUCAAAGAACCUGCUUCCCCAGAAUUGUUCAAACAGCUUGUUCCAAUUCCAAGCCCUGUGACAAGACAGCAUGCCAAUCACAAAGCGCUUCAGCAGUGUCAGAGUGUGCCUCUCAGCUGCGCCAGUCAGGAAGCCGCCAGCAAAUGGGUUUUGUAGCCCAGAGCCGCCAGCCUGCAAGCUACAUGGCAAAGUGCAGUCCACUCAAGACUUCUGUGUCCAAGAACUGCCAAACAAUUGAAUGUGAAUCCAGCCAAUGCCCAUCUCAGAACCCAGAAUCCAGUUCCUGUGGACCAGUGAUGAAUGUGGCACCUGGGCCACAACACGCAGAAUCUUCUUGCACUUAUGAACCAACUUGCUGUAUCACUGGUGGUGUACAAUUGCCUAGUAAGUGA